UCCCAAGGUAGCGACUCCGGUCAGUGGCGCGCAGCCGGGUGGGAGGGGAGCGCCAUGGAGGCGCUGGCAGGCACCGGGCUGCGCGAGGCGAAGUGAGGCGGGAGCCGCGGGCCAUGUACGGCGACCUGUUCAACGCCACGGGCAGCCCCGAGGCGGCGGUGGGCGGCGCGCUGGCCCUGGGAGCCACGGUCAAGGCAGAGGGCGCUUUGCCGCUGGAGCUGGCCACGGCGCGCGGUAUGCGGGACGGCACGGCCACCAAGCCCGACCUGCCCACCUACCUGCUGCUCUUCUUCCUGCUGCUGCUCUCCGUGGCGCUCGUCGUCCUCUUCAUCGGCUGCCAGCUGCGCCACUCGGCCUUCGCCGCGCUGCCCCACGACCGCUCGCUGCGCGACGCCCGCGCGCCCUGGAAGACGCGGCCGGUGUAGCGGCGGCCCGGUGAUCUGUCCUCGCCGAGCCCGAGCCGGGCAGAAAGGGCUCGACGCCAGGGGUCGCUGCCUCCGGGAACGCUGCGCCCAGACCCAAAGACCCUUUGCGACCUGGAGCGGCCGGGGCACCGAGGCUCCCAGAGGCUGCGCAGGGCCGGGUUCCAAGUUCCUGGAGGGUCGUUGUCUGCGAUUCCCGGGCUGGGUCUUUACACCCCAGGUCCAGUCGGGGAGCCAACCCGGAGGACGGCGCGACUGCCCGAGCGCAGGAGCCUUGCCGGCCGCCCGCUGACUUAACUCACUUCGCACACGGAAGGGGCAGGCGCGACGAGCGCGCGACUGGCCCGGAGCUACCUGUCUCGACUCCCUGACCUCCUGGCCGUUUCCCCGCGGCUACUCGCUCCUCGGCAGUGAGGACCCCACCGGGAUCUGAGCGAGUAGAAAGAUGGCCCUCGGCGGCUGUGCCCACCCUGGGGAAAUGAUGGGACGCGGGGUUUCAACGGGUCCCGCCCGGAGCCAGGAGCCCAGUUCCCUCUGCAGGCACUGGGGAGAAGCGGUCGGUGUCCCCUGUGGGGCUGCGGUUGGGGAUUCUCGCGCCCCUUCUCCGGGGGCGAGGUUUCCACAAUAAAAGCUCACCGAAUUCGCCCUG